AUGACCUCCAUUCUCUAUUCCGAAUGCCAAUGCUUUCUACUAUACUUCCCUGACAAGCGAUUGGAUGGUCUAUCCUCCUCUUCUUCAUUAUUUUGGGUGCACUGGGCCGUCUCAUCAAGCCCUGCUUCGACGACCAUGCCACCAACCUCCAGACUCUCUACUAGAACAACUACCUGGACAUCGAGCAGAAACUCUUCGACGAGAUGCGUGCUGCACUGCCGCGAUUUUGCCCGCAAGUGCGUGGUGCAGUUCUUCGAGGGCAUGCGGGAAGACACGGUGCUAAGACUGCCUCUCUCACCCGAAGUCAGGUACGGGAGGAAAGAAGAUAUGGUGGAAGAGGAGGAAGAGAGACUCCAUGGGAUUACCAAGCAGGAACAGAUGGAUCAGCUGCUUCAAACAUGGUUCCAGUGUAAGCCUGAGCUGGAUGUCACUAGAAUGGUCUACAGGCCUAGAGUGUGUGUCACCUGGGAAGACCACAAUGGAAAAACCCUCUACUCAGACAUUUAGCCGUGUGUGAUUGUGUAAUUGUUUAAAUAGUACUUAUUCACUUAUGCCUGUUUUCCACGGGCUGUAUACUAAACAUUCAACACAAAUAUGUUUAAACUAGUAGAGAGUGGACCUAGAAACCAUGUGCUGAAUGUGCUGAGACUUAGACUGACUUGUUUUGCAUAGUUCAUUUUACAUACUGCUCAACUCCAUGGAUAUCAGACAGAUGCAAGUUAGAAAUGGACUGACUUACUCAACAUGUAACAUUUUGCUUUUUUUUUUCCAAAAGGUACCUGGUACUAAUUAGUGCCUAGUGGUGUUAGAUUUAAUUAAUCCCAAAGUAAUUCAUAAUUCUACUGUGUAAUUACAAUUUUACCAUACAUAUGUUUUGGUAAAUAAUUGGUAAUUUUUGUACUGUAAAAUUAAGUUUAAAUGAAUAUUGUUUAUAUUGUAUGUGUAGUUUCUUAGAUAUAUUCAGUUGUGUUGAUAUGGCAGCUUGCAGCCGCCAUGUUGCUCUGUGAUCAUUCAACACGUUUACAGUUAAAAAGAAAGAAACUUUUUUUCCACUGGGAGAGGAAACCGGAGGGCAAUUCCUGACGAUGAGUCACUGAACAUGCCCAGACCCCAGACAACACACACGAAGAGGGAUGUUUCUUCCCCUAAACCUACCAGCAUGGACUCUUUGGUACUUUAGGAAAUUAUAUACCCAUUUUUGCUUUUACUCACGGUUUUAGUUUUUCAACCGUUCUACCUCAAAUAUCCUAUCUCACGGCUAUAGAAUGUAAGUUUGCAUUACUUAAUUUACUCCAGAUUUUCUUCUCUGUUAUUUUCCUGUGGAAUCACAUGGUUUGUUUUAGGGCUUUAGCUCUACACGGCAUGUGCUAGUAUGAACCAAUGAUGAAGUUAUGCAGUUGAUCAGCUUCAGUUUAGCAGGAAACACAAGUUAUAAACUGUUACCUUACAUUAGACUGUUAUACUUAAUUUUAUGUUCUGCGAUCAAAUUCAAUCCAUUAGUAAAUGAAGUAGGCAUUCCCAGUUGUUGCAGCCCCAAUUACCAAUAGAUAGAAUGCUCUUAUCACCAUAUUCUCUUACUGGGCAGCUCAGAUUAAAAAGAUCUAAUGUAUCUCUCUAACUUUCUGCAGCGUGACUCCCCAGUGUGCAAGCUCCAAAAUAGGAAAAUCCUCCAUUGCUCUCCAGUGUCAGACCACACAACAAACAUUUCAAAAUGGCUGCUCUCAUCACAGAGAACUUCAAGUUUGUCUCGCUCUUCUUCAAGAGCAAGGACGUAAUGAUCUUCAAUGGCCUGAUAGCCCUCGGCACGGUGGCAAGUCAGACCAUGUACAACAUCUUUGCCUUCGACUGCCCGUGCUCCUCCGGGCGGAACUAUCUCUACGGCCUGGCAGCCAUCGGGGUGCCCGCCCUGGCAUUCUACCUCGUUGGCAUCAUGCUGAAUAAGAGUACCUGGGAUCUGGUGUCUGAGUGCCGCCUCAGGAGGUGCCGGAAACUAUCGGGGGUGGCUGCCUUCGCUGUCCUAGGCACUGUCGUUGGCAGAGCGGCCGUGGCUCCCGUGACAUGGACUGUCAUCUCACUAUUACGUGGGGAGGCCUAUGUGUGUGCCCUCAGUGAGUUUGUGGAUCCUUCAACCUUGGAGGGUUUUCCCUCUGGACAGGGGUUAGACGUCAUGGCCAGGUUUCCCUGUAAGGCCACGGUCCCACAGGAGAUGCAGGGUUUCUGGGCGGAGAUUGAACGCCGGCUGAAGUACGAGUCUCAGGUAUUUCAUUUUAUCUCAUUCCACUAUUCCAUUUUAUUUUCCUGUGUGUUUGAUAACAAUAUGUUUGUGGCAUUAUAGCUGGUGGAAAGAGGAAGUCCGAAUUAAAAUGAUUUAUCACUGUGUCAUUACAUUAAAAGGCUUAUCAUUGCCCUUAUGUUUCCUGGAUUAAUUUCUUGGCUGUUCGGCUUCUCUUCCUGUGGUGAAUUGUCAUAGUGUUUUUCCUUUCAGCUGCUAGGGUGGCUGAUGGUGGCGGGGAUGGCAGUGGUUCUGUUUCUCCUGCUGUGCAUGAAGCGCUGCUGCUCUCCCCUAGGCUACCAACAGGAGGCGUACUGGUCCCAGUUCCGCUCCAACGAGCACGACCUCUUCCAGCGCACGGCCGAGGUGCACUCCCGUAUCCUGGCUGUUGAGAGCGUGAAGAGCUACUUUGGCUUCGUGGCCCUGGAAAAAGAGGAGAAAGUGCAACUGGAGGAGCACCAGAAUGCCAGCCCUAUCUCUAGUACAGAGUGGAACCGGAUCACUGGGGUCUACCUGUACAGAGAGAAAAAGGGAUUGCCCCUCUACAGCCGCCUCAACAAGUGGGCCCAGUACAGUGCGGAGAACAACAUAGAUGCCAUGGAGAAAGAGAUGGACACUCUGAGCUGACUGGCACUGGACACCCCAGUGUUCUUCAGCCCUGAUCCUGGGAACCGACCGGGAGUGCAGGCUUCUGCUCCAGCCUAGCACUGACACAUUCAACUGAUUAACUUAAUAGUAAAGUCCUUGAUUAGUUGAACGAAUCAGGUGUGUAAGCACAGGGCUGGAGCAAAAGCAUGCACAUCCGAUGUGUCCCCAGGACCAGGGUUGAAGAACACUGGCCUAGGUAGAUUAGUCUUUUACUUGUAUUAUCCCACAUUUAUAUGUGUAACAACCUUCAGCUAGUGAUGGCACAUUAUAACUAUGUCAGUAAAUUGGAAUGGACUCAAAUGUGGGUUGAACUAAUGUUCCCAAAGUUACACUGUCAUUGUUCCCCAUUUACGUUCUCUUCCAGUUUUCAAAUGGUUGUAAUGGUUGAUAAAGGAUGAUAGUCCAAAUGAUUUUUUCUGAGUUUGUGUUCAUAUGCUUAUUGUCUAGUUCAGGGUCCAUGUUUAACAGAAUGUUGUAUGCAGGUGUUUUACCCACCCUCUCAAUAAGAGACAAGCUCUCAGACUAGAUGGCCAGUUACUGUAACAUCCUGCACUUCCAAACAUCAGCUCAUAGACAGAGCACCUUUUUCUCUGUCAGGAUUCAGUUCUAUAGAUUUGUUCUUAAAAACUGC